CCAGCUUCAUUUCCGCUUGAUUCAUUUCUGGGAGGCUUGGAACCCUCUAAAGAAGACGCUUAUUGGCAUUGAGAUGCUUCUAAUCGACGAACAGGAAACUGUUAUCCAAUGCUUCAUUUCGCCAGGACGUAUUGAGAGAUAUUUGCCUAAAAUGAAGCCUGGAUCAGUUUACAAACUCAACAAUUUCUACGGAUCAAGAAACAAGUCGGUGUAUCGGGUUUCUGAUCAUGCCGUGACGGUGUCGUUCUCAUGGAACUCUGAACUCUCUGUUCUUGAAGACAGUCCCACCCAUUUUGAUGAAGACAGAUUCCGAUUUCAUUCCUUUGAGGAUUUCCAAGCUAGCUGCGAUCGCAAAGGAGACCUCUACGAUGUUGUCGGCCACAAGAAGCUGGUUAAUGGACAGAGUUUCAUUGGGACCCCAGUCCUUGACGAAGUGGAGAUAGCAAGGGCGAGGCAUGUUCUGGUUCAUGUGCAGUCACACGAUGGACCUGUGAUGAAGCUCUACCUUUGGGACCAGGCUGCAAAAGAGUUUUACAAAAAAUUCAAAUCAUACGAAAACACCCCCACCGUGUUAUUGGUGGCGACCGUUAACACUAAGAGUCUCGGAGGUACUCUUGCCCUGACUUCAAUGUCAUCCUCACUUUUUUUUUAUGGACUACGAUGUCCAACCUACGAUCGACUACUUCGGCUGGUUGGGCUCUAACCCACAGAGUGCUGAGGAGGUUAAUGCCGAAGUGGUUACUAAACGGGAGACACUGACCAUAGGAGAAAUAUUCUCCUACAUCAAGCAGGGAUCUACUAAGGAGGCUUUUUUUGAGUGGACGGCUACGAUUGAUGAUGUGGUACAUGGCUCAACCUGAUAUUACAUAUCAUGCAGUGGGUGCCAUACUAAGGUUACGAAAGGCCCAACUUCGUUGAUGUGUUUGAAAUGUGGGAAAGUCAAAAUAUCUGGAGUAGCACAGUACCGUGCACAGAUAUCUGUAUAUGACAACAGUGAACAAGCUGUUUUUGUACUGCUUGGGGAUGCUGGUUUUGAGUUGAUUGGGAAGCAUGCUUCCGAAUUAGUCAGCAACUAUUUUGAGGCUAAUGGAAACCAAGGAGUUACCCAAGAGGUGCCUGUCCCGGAAGCUUUACUCAGCACCAUCAGCCAGAAACAUAACUUUUGUGUGAAAGUUACAAAGCACAACUUAGAUGGGAAGUCUCGAUCUUUAACUGUGACCAAGAUUCUCCAUCUGGACACUCCACCAGUCACAGAAGCUUCGGAAGGAAACAACAAUUCUGCAGAGGGGAGUAAGAGAACUAAUGACAUUGAUGAGAUGGGGAAAGCUAAACGCCUCAAGUGUGGGAAGUAGAGCUUCCGUGUGUCGUUUGAUAUCUUGCAAGGGAUUGCAUUUUAAGUGUUUCUUUCCAGCUUAUUAUUGACUCAUGGUUUCUUUCAGUCUUUCUAAAUUUUUUUAAAUACUCUGAAUGAUUAUGUUUUGAUAAUCAUGUGUUGCACUAUUGUUCUACUUCUUACGGAUUA